AUGAGCUGUUUAAAUGAUGGUCAUUUGCAGAUUGAUCGCUUCUGGUGCAAACUUAUCGCAGGCUAUGGUUUGGACAAUCAUCAAGUUUUGUACACGUUUUCAAAGGCUGGCGACAGCGUUGCGAUCGGUCGUGAUAAACGUCAAUGCGCUAUCAAACUAGGCUCGAAUGCGCAAGGUGUCAGUCGUGUACAUCUGAAACUUCAGCUUCAACCAAAUGGCUCAGUUCGGUUUCUUCCUUUUUUCCUGAAUGGUUAUAUAGGUGUUGUGUUUGCAGUGGUUCGCUCAUUCGCGUUAGACAGGAGGUUCACAGAGACAGUAAUUUUUUGA